UGCGCUGUCAGUGCAGCAGUAAUAAUAAUAACAACAACACUACUUGUAGAUACAUCCGCAGCAGCAGCAGAUCCCCCCUCCCGGCCUGAGUGUGAGUGUGUCAGGCUCCUCCCAUCACUCUCACUGCGGCCUCCUCUAUCCUCAUCCAUCGGCUGAGGCCUGUGUGGCAUCCCGGACCCUCACCGGCUGCCUUUACUCCGCUCUCACCUUGCGAGGCCAUUUUCUUCCGGCCAUUUCCUGCUCCCUCGCUCCAGCGCUUCAGCCUGUGCUAGUUAUGGAGUAAGGCGGAAGAUGGCGGGCGGCCGAGGGAGCCGCUUUCUGGAAGCUUUGGAUAGAGCACAGUCCAAGAAAGAUGCAGGUUUUAGGAAUAACUGGAGUUUUGGAAACCCGGAUGAAAGUGAUGAUGUUGAAAAAGAUGAGGUAAAUUUGCUCAAUAUAGAGGAAAGUGAUGGGGUCAACUCACAACUUACUGAACAAAAGUCCAAACUACUUACACCUGGAUCUGGCAAAGCUGCGGGGCACAUCCUUAAAAUAUCUGAGAGAAGAGUCAAAGCAGCACAGUUGAGACCUGUUAGGGGCAAUGCAACUGGACUAAACAUGUUGGGAGCCAGCAAGAAACUGGGAGAGAAUGCACAAAACAUUGCACUGUCACCAGGAACUGUGGUGCAGAGAAGAAUAUUUCGUCACGCAAAUGCAAAUAUCACACGGUCGGUGGUCAAAACAGCUGCACAGAGUCUGGAAAAAAGGGAAAGGAAAGAAUAUCCACCUCAUGUUCCAAAAGUAGAUGCUGACCCUAAUAGAGUAACGCAAAGACUGGAAGUCAUGCAAAGUUCAAGUAGCAAUUGUGAUGCUGAGCCAGAGCUUCCAUUAAGGAGAAAGGUACAAUACAAGCCACGCAGCAGUUUACAGGAGUGUGAUUUACCUAUGCUUCACGCAGCUCAGUUGUGUUUAACACAAUCAAAGAGCGUGGAGCAAAAUGAACCUUAUCUGUUUUGCAAAUUUUGUGAAAAAGAAAAAAGUAAUACAAAAUGCCAAAAUUGUGGAGAUGCACAAAGACUUUGUGGACAGGACACCCCAUCGUCUGAAUCGCCUGCUUCCUUAGCCCGGCCUUCAAUUCAUCAAAUUGCAGCACUAGAUAAGACUGCCGGCAAAGGAUUGAAUGCUAAGAACUUCUAUGGCUCUUCCUAUAAUAAGUCUUCAAUGGACCCCAAUUUAAAACAGGAGUCGCCAAGGUGGAAGCAAUAUCCAGCAAACGGGAAGAUUGGACUUUCCACAGAAGCAAAUUUAUCCAAGAUUACAAAAAAUGCAAGAAUAAGGAGUACUAGGUCAUCAGACCCAAAUGAUACAAUUAUUCUAUCUAGUGAUGAAGAAGAGAAUGCUAGCACUGGAAAUACAAGCAGACUAGAGAGCAUCUCUCCACGACCUGCAGAUUCAGCUUGUUCCUCCCCUGUUCCAUCAUCAGGAAAAGUAGAAGCUGCUCUAAGAGAAAACAGCUUAGUUGGCAACAAAUGCAGUAGUCUACCUGAAGCUGAUCCCAUCACCCCAAUCCCUAGGAAAGCUAGAAUGAAAGAUGAGUUUGGCAAUUCAGUCACGAUUACACCUGUCAAACGGCGUAAAGUUGUCCAGGUAGAUGUUCCAAGUGACAGCAUGACAUGUGAAAGUAUCAUACUGCCUUGUCGGAAUGUACGAAUAGGAACCAUGUACAGAAUGAUAGUAGAUGCUGUUGUGUUUUGUGUAGACUUCAUAAAGAUGCGAGUGAAAGCCCUUCCUGAUGAUAAAGAAGACUCUUACCAAGAAGUAAUAUUGAAAAUGUCAGAGCUUACAAGGUGUGAGUGGUGCUGCGCAAGGAAACUUACAGUGGCAUUUUUCCAAAGUAUUCCUUCUCUGUGUCAGAAGCUGCGCACUCAAUUUAAAAUGAGCAGGCAAAAUGGCAUUGGAUGGUAUGACUGCAGUGCUACAAAUCUAGAAGAGCAGUUCAUUGUCUUAAUCUUUGAAAGUCAUUUGCUUGUGCAUGACAACGCAAUUUUUGAAAAGAUACUAAUUGCAGCUGGUGUCAAAUACUCAAACCCAGACUUUUUCUCGAAAAUUGUAUUUGACGAAGCUAACAGAAGACUUGUUGCCUUUACCAAACACAUUGAAGAAUCUCCAGCACACGGCUCAUCCCCACAAGACCACAUAGCAAGACCUGUUGCAUCAGAAAACCGAAUGACGUUGCGGAAUUCUGCAGCUCAGUUGCAGUUUUUUAAUGAAGACGGGGUUGGAGACGCACACAGUGUCUUUGUUGGUCCCAUUGAAAAAUUGAUUGUUUACCCUCCACCUCCUGCUAAAGGUGGGAUCUCUGUCACAAAUGAGGAUCUCCAUUGUUUAAAUGAAGGAGAAUUUUUGAAUGAUGUUAUUAUUGAUUUCUACUUAAAGUAUUUAGUGCUUGAGAAACUUCGAGAAAAGGCAGAUAAAAUUCAUAUUUUUAGUUCUUUUUUCUAUAAGCGCCUAAAUCAGAGAGAGAGGAGGAAUCUUCAGGAUACUGCUAACUUAACAUUGCAGCAAAGGAGACAUGGAAGAGUUAAAACAUGGACUCGGCACGUGGAUAUCUUUCAAAAAGACUUCAUUUUUGUUCCACUUAAUGAAGCUGCCCAUUGGUUUUUAGCAGUCAUCUGUUUUCCUGGCUUAGAAGAACCAGUGUAUUAUCCAAACCCUUUCUACCAAGGAACUGGUACCCCAGCAACUGCCAUGACACAGGGAGAAGAUUGCAGAACCUCUGUUCCUCCGGGUGACUCCCAGACGUGUUUGCAAGGCCCUUCUUCCAAAUCUCCUGUUAAAAAAACACCCAAUAAAAAACAAACCCUUCCUCCAGAUGACACUAACCCUGGGGCUGAUAAAAGUGACACUCCUACUAAUAGACAAAGUCAUUGUGUAGUAAAGAACUGCACUAGAAAAAGUGAUCAAGGAUUUAAUGAAGCAGAUAUAUCUCUUAAAUCUCCGUUUCCACAAACAGACUGUAGUCCUAAAAAUGUAAAUGGAAUACCAAAUGAAUGUAAAACUCCAUUAAAGCAGAUUGAUGGUUUACACAGGAUUCAAAUAAGCUAUAGAGAUACAGGAGAUGACCUGAAGAAAAAUGAUGAUGAAUUGAUAGAUUUUUCUGAUGAUCAAGACAAUCUUGAUGAAAGCAGUGAUGAUGGUGGCAUGGCCGAUGAUAAUUUCACCUCGGAGGCAGGAAAGUGGCAUCUCAAGCCCUCACUCUGCAAGCAACCCUGUAUUCUGCUUAUGGAUUCUUUGAGAGGUCCUUCUCGUUCCGCUGUGGUAAAAACAUUACGAGAAUACCUGGAGGUAGAAUGGGAAGCUAAGAAAGGAAGUAAAAGAAAAUUUUCCAAAGAGUUUAUGAAAGGUUCCAGCCCCAGAGUGCCUCAGCAAAACAAUUACAGUGACUGCGGAGUCUAUAUCCUGCAAUACGUGGAGAGCUUUUUUGAGAAUCCCAUUCAGAGUUUUGAUCUGCCCAUGAAUUUGACUGAUUGGUUUCCACAACAAAGAAUGAAGACGAAGCGGGAGGAAAUCCGGAAUCUUAUCCUUACGCUGCAGGAACUGCAAAACAAAGACAAGUUAGGGCACAUGGAACUAAAUACAACACAGUCACCUCCACAGGAGAGCACAGAGCCAUUUGUCAGCGAUUUUGAAACUUUCUGAACAAUAUAUCUGCGGCACGCUUCUCUGCCAUCACAAAAGCAAAGUGGAAGACUUAAAACUUGCUAUACUUAUAUGUUUGAGCAUUAAAUGGAUCAGUCACUGUCUAUUUGUGAAUAUGAAUGCUAGUGUAUAGGUCACAAGAGGGACCGGUCCCCAAACAGAUGAGGUGUAUGAAGAGUUCAGAAGUAAUAUUUGUACAUACAGUAAUGCGGCCAUUUCUUUUCAGUAUUUAUAAAUAUUUUUCCCCCUUUCUUCCUGUUCUUUAGAAGUGUUUAUGUAAUUCUCUUAAAAGUACAUAAAGACAAAUUCAAAGUACACUUCAAAUAAAAAGAAAAUAUUUAUAGGCUCACAUUAAUGUGUAUUAUUCAGUACGAAUUUUCUUUGGUAUGUUUGAUAUAUGUGCUAUACUUGUUCAGUCAGUGCAUCUAGUAUUUGAUAUUCUGAAUUUUAUUUUAUCUUUAAGCUAUUAAUUUAUAUCUUUUGUUUAGUUUUCCUCAUGUGCACCGGUGCUCAGUUGUUUUAUUAAUCUUUUCUUUUUUUGCUUGUUUAAUUAGGGUUUAGGUUUCCUUUUAGUAACGUGACAGAAAAAAUCUACAUUAAAUUAUUCUGCACUUAUGGAAAGAAUUAGUCACACAAGUCUGUAACAUGAUUAAAGGAUGUGCAUAUUUUGUUUUCUUUUAGCAGCAAUCGACUUGCAAUAACAAAAUAGGUCAGUAAUGUCUCUUGAGCAUUUGUUUAGCCCACAGAAUAUUUGCCUCUACUGUGUGCAAACAACUUGGUACACUUUAUUGCAUUGUUGCACUGUGUUUACCACAAACAAUGUAGAGAUUGUAUUGACCAUAAAAGCAUCUGGAGUUUUACUGCUAGGACCAAAGUGGACUAUUGAGAUUGAUGUUAUAUAUGUUCUCAUAAAUGCAGCAGAAUACAAGUUAUAAUAUGACCCUGUUAAUUUCUAAAUGUCUUCAAAGUGUGGGUCAGUGAUAUUAUUUGCUGUUUACACAGUUCAUAAAAUUGGAGAGAACAGUGGAAAGAGUCCUACCUUUUAGCAAUAACUUCUUUAUAGUGCUUAUUUCCGUAUUAUACAUUUAAAUAUUGCAACAGUGUGGGUGGGGGUAUUUUUCUCUUAAUCAUUUUGCUGCACUGAGGGGUUUGACAAAGCAAACUUGUAGACAUACUGUAUAGUUGAAUAACAGAAGGACUGAUGUAGACAUUUAUCAAUAUAAGAGGCUCAAAUUAUACUACAGUAUAUCUGACUUAUCUUCGCUCAAACCGUCACUAGAAGUCAAAUGGAAAAGAUACCUUAUUACAGUGUUUGCUGGAUUACAACUAAAACAAAGUGUUUACUGUGUAAAGCCUCGGUACUAUUUUCUGAUCUGCUUUUGUAUCUGCCCAUGAUGCAAAUAGGACAUUUCUCUCAGUGCCUUAUAUCUACUCUAUCAUCUUACAAGCCAGGCUAGCGUAGUCCUGUUAUCAGUCAAGAAGGAAAGGCUAUAAGUGCUGAAAAUUAAGUAAUUUUCUCUUGUUUUGUGCUAAUUUGGACUGGUAAUAUAUGCUAAUUAUAUGAAGUACUGUGUACAUCUUUGUAUCAUUUCUCCACACUGUGGAAUACUCCUCAUAAACCACACUAGGUUUAUGUUCUGUCCUUGUCUAUUUUUUAUUUCAUUUGAUACUAGUAUAGUGUUAGGUCAAGCCUCUUUAGGGUCUGCUGUUGACGAACUAAUAACUACAUAUUACCUAAUGCAAUAGCUACUGUACAGUACGUAUAGGUUGCACCUAUUUACUCCAGAAAAAAAUCCUGUGUUGGAGAAAAACUUUUUGAAGGUUUAGUGUUUUUUUUUUUAACAUGGUAACACUUUAUGUACAUCCCAUCUUAUGUUUAAAAUGUGUUGUAUGCCUGAGCUAUUCCUGGUGAGCACUGAAAUUGGUAGUCAUUAGUCUCCAUCUCCAUAUUUUCUUUUGGCCGUACAGACACAUUUAGCAAAUCUAUACAGAAUGUUUAAGUGCACAGUCUUUCAAGCUGAAUACUUUGAAAUAGUGUUUGUUUUGUUAUUAGUUAUGUAAUAGGCUAUUUCUCUAAAUAACAUAUUUAUUAUUUUUGAAAUAAAACAAAUAUUAAAACA